GUGACUGGUCUGCAAUGCGUCCGGUGCACUAGAGAACGCGUGUUCUGUGUAAUCGAUCGGAGCCGGCCUUGGUGAGGAAUCCAUUCUGCGUUUUAUGUUAAUUUUCAGACAGAAAGAUGGCGAACAAACUAACGACGAUUUCGUUUUUAAUCUCGGCUUUCAUCGUUAUCAUUACUAUUGUUAUAGCUUCUGUGCCUAACCUCAUAAGCUGCACACUCUCCUUGUCGUUGACUAAUAUUAAGGAUCUACGUGAUAAACUCAGUGCCAUGCCUGGGAUGAUCCAGCCGCGAAAUUAUGACACAGCGUUACCAGGAAGCCUAACAACACCACAACCGACCAGGAUACAACCAUUGAAUAUUGGUGACUAUCGACUCGGUGUUUCACUAGGAAUAUGGCGCUGUGGGUUCGAAAUAACAAUGCCGAAGAUGCCAGUACAGAUAACAUGGGGAGGGUCAUAUGUUUCUCUCGGAGACAAUUUUGAAGCCACUGCUAACCAAAUGAUGGCUACAAUAGAUAAAAUGGGUGUAGCUAAGAUGCUGCUUGGAGAUGAAGCUGUACCGGCAAUAGCAGGUCUGAUAAGGACGAUGUUCGUUCGUGCAGAGAUUGAAGUGACAGUGGCCUUGCUGUUUGCAAUCAUUGCAAUGGUGAUGACCUUUACUAACAUGUGCGUUAGAGAGGGACAGGCAAAUCCAUUGGUCAUUUCUACAGCAGCCAUUUGCCAUCUGAUCCACUCAAUUCUGUUGGGCGUUGCAUUAGGAGCCUUCGCACAACAACUACAACAGAUUUCUUCUAUGGCAAAUAUAUACGCUAUCUUGAAGAUAAGUGACAAAGAAUACGGGAUACUUGUGUUGGGAUUUUUUAUGGUACUUGCUUCAGUCUUUCUCGCAGUUGCACACUUCCGGAUGUUGUUUCAUCCAAAUGAAUCUUACAAACGUUUUGGCAAAAGUGAAGACCAGCUCGCAUAUCCGCCUAGAGAAAACUUUAAACUCAGUGGUGAAUAUGAUGUUUAGCUGCAUUGCAACAAUAUUGCGAGUUGAAACCUAGAAUGUUGAAAGUGAUUCACAAAAAUGGUUUGUACAACGUACGGAUUGUCAUGUGUAUCAAAAGUAAUUAACAGUGACACUCCCUGGCUUCCAAGCAUGUGAUCAACUAAAAAUGCAAAUCAAUGACAUUUUAAUCAUAUCAAGUGAUAAGGGAUUUACACGACAGAUUAGAAGCAUAAUUGUGCUAAAUCGGCCGUUGAUGCUUCUGGUAUUUGUAGUAGAUAACAUAUAUAGUUUUUUCAUGACUUGGCUGUGUGCUGCAUGCGCGAUAUUUUUACAAAAAAAAAAAAAAAAAAAACAAACAAAAAACAAAAAAACAAAAAGAAAAAAAUGAAAAUAUGUAUAUAUACAGAGAGGGAAAAUCAAGAUCUAUAUAAUUUUACGUAAGUGACUAAUUUCUAAAUUGAAAUAAAGGUUAAUGUUUAAGUAUGAUAAAGUCGCAUUGUUUUUUUAAAGUGACAUAAACACAUAUAUUGUAUCUUUAAUAGCGUGGCUUAUAUUUUGGUGAAUUUUCGGAGAUUCCAGAUGCAAAAUACCAGAAAUACAUAUAGCAUAUAUUUUUCCAUGUUCUUUUUUAAUUUGGCCUUUCCAUCUUCGAAUUUCAUCUUAUUAUUAGUAUUAUAUGCUUACUUUGGUGUAUAUUUGCAAAGGUUUUUUGUCAGUGCAUGGAAUAAUACACUUUUAUAAAUUUCAUGUUUUGUCUUUUCCCAGUAGGAGAAAUGGUAAUCGAUAUCGUACUUUUUUGGAAAGAAACAAAGACUUAAAAAAUGAACAGCCUGUGCUUAGCUCUAAUAUAUACUCGAGUAACACUAACUAUGCCUGUGCCUUGGAGUGUUGUCAAAAGUUGCCCUGAUGUUAUAGAAUUCUUGCAAAUAUUUAUAUAUAAAUAUAUUUUUUUUUUUUGAAAAAAGUUAACAAUAUAUUCCUAAAUCUCUUGUUUUCUUUCUUUAUAAUACACUUAUGAAACUCCUCUGUCCGUUCCUCACAUUUUGGAGGUUGGAAAUACUAGGAUAUUUGUAAUAUGAAAUAUCACGCUGUUUAACAGUUGGUGUAAUUGCGAAUUUACCUACAUCAAUUAAACAGAUACAAAGAAGUAGGUUUCUGUAGAUUUGUUCAUAAUCACACAUUAUUGUAGGAGUUUGAAAAUGAAGAAACAAACAGAAGAAUUCUGCCAUAUCAACAAAAUCAUUAUUGAAUCCCGAAAUCAAGUAAAUGAUGGCAAAAAGGGCAAAAAAUAUAGGAAGGUCCUUUAAAAUUCUCAAGAAUAAGACUAGAUGUUCUCAGAAAAUAGUGUCUUCUGUUAUAGUUCGUGUUAACUGCAUAAAACAUUUGCCUGUAGUAUUUAAAUCUAUUUUUGUACGCUUUCAUUUCAAACAUAAAUGAUAAUGGUGUAGCACUGUUUUCAUUAUCAGACUCAGUAUUGGUGCCACCUGUCAAUUUCAAGGACACCGAUAUUGAGUCACAUAUAAAAUAUCUUCUUAAAUUUUUUUCAUUCCAUAACAACAUUAUCUGAUAAAACAGGAAACGUGUGUUAACAGUGAAUAUAAACUAUUAAAAGAAAAAAGGACAUAUAAAAGCAUACUGAUAACAGCUUUUAUUUAACCACUGUUAAUCAGCGGACACUUUAUCUUAAUGAAAACUGAUAAUAGUAACACAACGCCGGUGUUGAUUUGCUUCAUCAAGGACAGAUGUAUAUAUAUAUACAAAUUACGUUUUAGAUAAGGUCUUUACUCUCAAUUGUAGUAAGUUGCUGCUGUUGUUUGCUGGGCAGGGGGAGAGAGAGAGAGAGAGAGAGAGAGAGAGAGAGAGAGAGAGAGAGAGAGAGAGAGAGAGAGAGAGAGAGAGAGAGGUGGUGGUGGAGGGGUACAGAGACACACAGACAGAAAGAGACAGACAGAGACAGACAGACAGAGAGAGAGAGCAGAUUGAUGUUUCUUAUAUAAAAGAUUGACAUAUAUCUUUUAACCAUUAUUUGGUGUUUUAUUGCAGUAUUGUCAAAAUGGGUUCGUAACAUGCAAAUAUUUUUUUCUUUUUUUUUCAUUGGUAGCUGACUCCAGCGAUAAAAUGGUUUCGACAGUGAUAUGGCAUUUCUCUGGUUAUACAUAUGUAUCUGGUUAUUAAUAUUUAUCUGGUUUUAGAUAUCAAGUCAACAAACUACCUAUAAUGUAACGAUAAACCAUAGAUGUGAUUGUUUCAAAAGAAUUAUUUGUUUAUAAAAUAAAAUUAGAUUAAG